GACAGUAUUUCAUCAGGAUGUCGAUGAAACUACGAGAUAUCCUUCCUGCUCCUGUGGCGGCAGACGAAGCAGCUUCACAGAUUCGACGAGAUCCUUGGUUUGGUGGGCGCGAUAACGAACCAUCCGCCGCACUCGUAUCGAAGGAACCACCGCCGUACGGAAAACGGACCAGUUUUCGACCAAGAGGGCCUGAAGAUUUUGGCGAUGGCGGAGCGUUCCCUGAAAUUCACGUUGCUCAGUUUCCUCUCGGAUUAGGUCUUGGAGAUAUGAGAGGAAAGCCAGAAAAUACGCUCGCCUUGCAAUAUGGAACUGAUGGAAAGUUACAACACGAUGCUAUUGCUCGUAUCGGACAUGUUAAGGAUAAAGUUGUCUACUCCAAGCUUAAUGAUAUGAAAGCCAAGACGUGGAACGAGGAUGAUGAUGAUAUUCAGAAACCAGACGAUGACGCUGUUAUCGAUGCUACGGAGAAGACAAGAAUGGCUUUGGAAAAAAUCGUAAAUUCAAAAGUAGCCUCAGCACUUCCUGUUCGUCAUGCCGACAAGUUAGCACCUGCUCAAUAUAUCAGAUACACUCCAAGUCAGCAGAAUGGAGCUGCUGGAUCACAACAGCGCAUCAUCAGAAUGGUUGAAGAACAAAAAGAUCCGAUGGAACCACCAAAGUUCAAAAUCAAUCAGAAGAUUCCUAGAGCACCACCAUCUCCACCGGCACCAGUCAUGCAUUCUCCUCCAAGAAAAAUGACAGCUAAAGAUCAAAACGAUUGGAAGAUUCCACCAUGUAUUUCAAAUUGGAAAAAUCCAAAAGGAUUCACAGUUGGGUUGGACAAACGAUUGGCUGCUGAUGGACGUGGUCUCCAACAGACUCAUAUUAAUGAAAACUUUGCGAAGCUUGCUGAUGCUUUGUACAUUGCUGAUAGAAAAGCUCGUGAAGAGGUUGAGACACGUGCUCAGCUUGAAAGACGCGUUGCUCAAAAUAAGAAGUCUGAGCAAGAGGCUAAAAUGGCAGAAGCCGCAGCAAAAGCCCGCCAGGAAAGAUCAGCGAUGCGGAGAAAGGACGAUGAAGAUGAUGAACAAGUCAAAGUUCGCGAAGAAAUUCGACGUGAUCGUCUCGACGAUAUCAGGAAAGAAAGAAAUAUUGCUCGUUCACGACCAGAUAAAGCUGACAAGCUUCGCAAAGAGCGUGAAAGAGAUAUUUCGGAGAAAAUUGUGCUUGGUUUGCCGGACACGAAUCAGAAACGAACUGGCGAACCACAGUUCGAUCAAAGAUUGUUUGAUAAAACCCAGGGACUCGACAGUGGAGCAAUGGACGAUGAUACUUACAAUCCUUAUGAUGCUGCGUGGCGUGGCGGUGACAGUGUUCAACAGCACGUUUAUCGACCGAGCAAAAAUCUCGACAACGAUGUUUAUGGUGGCGAUUUGGACAAGAUCAUCGAACAGAAGAAUCGGUUUGUAGCUGAUAAAGGAUUUUCAGGAGCAGAGGGCUCGAGUCGUGGAUCUGGACCUGUUCAGUUCGAGAAGGAUCAAGAUGUUUUCGGAUUGUCAUCACUUUUCGAGCACACCAAAGAAAAGAAACGAGGUGGGGAUGGUGGAGACUCCCGUGGAGAAUCAAAGAGGUCUCGACGCGACUAAUUUUAAUAUAUUUUUUAUUUGUUUUCUGUUAUUUUUUCUCAACUUCUUUUUUGGAAAGAAUCUCUGUAACUCUUCUGUAGUUGGAUGUUUGCACAAAGAUGAAUCAAAACCGUGUC